UUAUUUUUCUCUUCUUCUUCUUCAAUUUUUUUCCUUGUUCUUUCUCCCAUGGCUUCCUAAGCUUUUCUCUCUCUUCACCUGCAAUUUCUCUUCGAUUCUCUCUCUCAUCUUCUGGUUUCUCUUAAAUUUUUUUCUCUUCGUAAGAGAAACGACAUUGGUGAUUCCUGAGAUUUCUUCAUCAGAUCCUUAAUAGAAUUUUAACUGAUAACUUUCUUCCUUGGAUGAAGAAGGUUGGUGUUUACACCUUAUUACAACUUUAAUCACUCCAACGAACGAUGAGAAGCUGGUUCUUGUUUACUAUCUAUUUAUCUCAUGAUACAGUCGAGAAGCAAACCUUUUCUGCAAAUGCUAGUUUUAUAAGCAAACUCAAGGAAUAAUGGAAAGAUAUAAGUUUCUUGAAGAGCUUGGAGAUGGGACUUGUGGCAGUGUAUAUAAGGCCGUUAAUUUGGAAACAUAUCAAGUUGUUGCUGUUAAGAAGAUGAAGAGGAAGUUCUAUUAUUGGGAAGAGUGUAUGAAUCUGCGAGAAGUAAAGGCUCUUCGUAAGCUAAACCAUCCCCAUAUCAUAAAGCUGAAGGAGAUUGCCAAGGAACAUGACGAGCUUUUCUUCAUCUUCGAGUGCAUGGACCACAAUCUGUACCAAAUGAUGAAAGAAAGGGAACGGCCUUUCUCUGAAGGAGAAAUAAGAAGUUUUAUGUCUCAGAUGCUGCAAGGCCUCGCACACAUGCAUAAAAAUGGUUACUUCCAUCGAGACCUGAAACCAGAGAAUUUGCUGGUGACCAACAAUAUCCUAAAAAUUGCCGACUUUGGACUGGCUAGGGAAGUUGCAUCUAUGCCUCCUUACACUGAAUAUGUGUCCACGCGUUGGUAUCGAGCUCCUGAAGUUUUGUUACAGUCUUCAUCAUACACUCCUGCAGUUGACAUGUGGGCAGUGGGGGCAAUAUUAGCUGAGCUUUUCUCCUUUUCCCCGUUAUUUCCUGGUGAAAGUGAGAUAGAUCAAUUAUACAAGAUUUGCUGUGUUCUUGGCAAGCCGGACUGGACCACGUUUCCUGAAGCAAAAAGCAUAUCUCGAAUUAUGAGUAUUAGUCACACAGAGUUUCAGCAGACACGGAUUGCUGAUCUACUCCCUAAUGCUACUCCUGAAGCCAUUGAUUUGAUCACAAGACUUUGCUCAUGGGAUCCAUUAAACCGACCAACUGCAGAUCAGGCGCUAAAUCAUCCGUUUUUUAGUAUGGCUACGCAGGUUUCAUAUCCUCUACAUGACCUUGAGUUGAGGCUUAACAAUAUGGCGGCGAUGCCUAAUCUUGAGUUAAACCUCUGGGACUUCAACACAAAACCGGAUGAGUGUUUUCUUGGCUUGACGCUGGCUGUAAAACCAAGUGCUCCUAAACUUGAAAUGGUCUGCAAUGCAUCUCAGGACAUGAGCGAGAAUUAUCUCUUUUGCCCCAUGGUUAAUAAUGACCGAGAACCAUCAGGUAAUGAAAAGCUUGAGCUUUUCUGGUCUCUGCUCUCUCCUGACGAAAACCGCGUCCACGCACCAGUUGAAUCAUCAUCACCUUUGUCUCUGUCCUUCAGUCCAAUGCAGCAACACACAACAAUGGGAGCUCCUUCACAGUCGAGUGGGUUCACCAUGGCAUCAUCGAUGCAACCGAAUAUGUUGGACCGCCCGUGGAUGACUGUGUCUGCGCCGUUUCAACAAACUACUCAUUACCUCUGAUCUGAAUCCAUAUACCUAAGUAAAUAACAGAGGUUUGUCAGAAAGAUUUGAGUUAAAGAAGAAGAUAGAGAAGGAAGAAAAAAAAACAGAGGACGUUGUUGUAGAUUUUGUCACCUUAUUGUUCUCUAAUUUGUAAAGAUUGGGUUUUAGCCUUUAGGUGACCUAGUUUCCUCUCAGAAGCUUGCGCUUAUAUCAUAUUUUAUCUUAUUCUUGAGAACUCACAAUAGUCUACCAAUUCUUGUCUUUGUACUAUAAUAUAUAUAUAAAAGAGAUCUUUGCUUAUGUUGUGUCUUCGU